AUGAGCUUCGACGGCAGUGUUGGAAAUGAUUCAGCACUUCAUGUGGUUGCCGUCAUUAAAGGCUUGCUUGUCAGCUGUGACAAGGAAGCCCUGUGCUCUGGGAACUUCCCUCUGUUGCUAGAAGUUUUCCCAAGAAUUUUACACCUCUGUCAAGGUCCUGCAGAACAUCAUUAUCUAGCUUUCCAGAUAUUUGCACUGUGGUAUCAAAAGUUGACACAAAUGAGCACAACUAAAUGGAAUGCAGUGAAAUCACAAUAUCUCUCUCGGUGGUCCCUUAAGACCCAAGACUUUUGUUCUAGUCCUCUCAAUAGCAUUAAUUUUAUUUUACUUGAUGGUGAAUGUAGCAGCAAUAUUGUCAAUGAAGGAGCUCUCAUGUCCAAAAACUGCCCAGUUCUUCAUUCAACACUUUCCUGCAUUUGGCUGAACUGG